AUGGUGGCUACAUGUGUCGCUUCUUCAAACCUAGCGCUCUCUGCUGCUUUGCGCCAUGUCUAUCGUUCGCAGCUGACCACCAAUCUGGCCGCUCCCCUGGUCACCCCCUACCACGCACGACUCAACACCCAUUAUCCCCGGGAUCGUGACUUUCGUCGACCCUUCAGUCUCUUCUCAAGACUUCGCAACACUCAGAAUGAGCCGUCCGAAUUGAGUCCCUCCAACGUCUCGGACUCUGCUGAUAUCACACCAUCGCCACGGAAAGACCACAAGGCCUUUGAUGGCCCGAGUAAAGGUGGAUGGAAUACCCACAGGCGUCAACCUAAGGCCCAACAAAAAGAUUCAGAGCGCAAAACGGGAAGGUCCGACAGAGAGCGCAGGCAAUUCCGCAACGAAAAGCGACGAGAGGAAAAGAAGCGACCUCGCAAUUGGCAAGAAGAGAAGGCCAAAGCAAGACAAGACUUUGAGAAACAAAAGAAAAGAAAGCCUGAAAACUGGCAGGUCCAAAAGGCAGCUCUGAAGCAGAAGUUUACGGGGGGCUGGAAUCCACCCAAGAAAUUGUCGCCCGAUGCACUUGAUGGAAUCCGUCACCUCCACGCGAAGGCCCCUGAACAAUUCACGACUGCUGUUCUUGCGCAGGAGUUCGAGAUGUCCCCGGAAGCCAUUCGCCGAAUCCUGAAAAGCAGAUGGCGUCCCACUGAAGACGAGAUGGAGAGUCGCCGUAAGCGAUGGGAGAAACGACACGAUCGAAUCUGGAGUCGUAUGUCUGAGCUUGGUCUUCGCCCUGCAAAUGACCGCGCCAAACCACUGGCGGAUUAUCAAGUACUUUAUAAAGAGGAUAAUGAUCGCGAAUGA